AUGCUUCUGGCUAGACGGCUUUGUACUCCUGAGCCACUGUCCCAACGCUCUCUGGAGACACGGGUUUCAGUUAAAGCUGCCAAGAACAGCGGCUGCAGGGAAGGGGAGGCCAACACUCCACGACGACCUGGCCUGGCCCCCUCCGAACCACGCCACGGCGCUUCCCCACCUGAGCGGGCCUCCCACCAGGGGGCGGAGCGAGUUCUCCUCUCGCAGACCACGUGGGGAGGAAACGCGGGCUCCUUCCAACUCCGCCUCAAUCACCAGGACCUGCGGAGGACCCGGGCUGGGAAGCGGCGCGUCCAGCCCCCGUGCCAGGUGCCGGAUCGCCAACCUAGUGAGACCCUCGGGGGCCCGGCCGCGAGGAAGGGAAAGUGCCCGGGGAAGCCCGACGAUUCGGCCUGCGGUCACCGGAACGUGGCGGCGACGCGACGAGGUCCGAGCCGCCGGGCAGAGAAAGCCUCCCACGGCCACAGGCUCGCACACCGCCCCGCGCGACCCACGGCGGGGGAAGGCCGGCCGCCCCCGCCGCCCCUCCGCGCGCCCCCCCGCUCACCAGCCCAGCCGUCGCCGCCGCCGUCGUCGUCGCCAGGCGCACUUCCGGGCGGCGGACGCCGUGACGUCAGCACCGCGCGCCUGCGGGCGGCGGGUGGGCAAAGCGCCUCGGCGCGUGGGCGGGACCAAGCGGGCUCCCUCGGCCCCUCCCUCCUCCCUGACACUCAGCGGGGCCGCGGAGGGGACGCCCCUGGGGAGCUGGAGGGCCCGGGGCCUUCUGCUUCUGAUGGCAUGGCCAGCGCACUUCUCACGCAGUGGGGAUCCAAGGCUGAUUCAUCGCAAAGGCCGGGCACAUUUAGCAUCUGCCCUGUGCCUGACACAGUGCUAGGUGUUGGGGCUGCAGCCAAACGCACAGACAGGAUGAAUCUGGAUGUGAUUAUCAUGGCACCUGCAUUACUGAUUCUAUUGUGGGCUACAGUGAUACUGAAAGCAGACUUACUUCCUGAUAAAAAAUCUUUACUUCUUCCACCUACCAACUUCACCAUUACAGUUAUUGGUCUAGCCCAAGUCCUUUUAUGUUGGGAACCAAAUCCUGAUCAAGAACCAAAGAACGUGGAACUAGGCUAUCACGUGAGAAUAAAUGCUCCACAAGAAGAAGAUUAUGAAACCAGAAACACUGAAAGCAAACUCGUAACCGUUCUUCAUCAAGGCUUUUCAGCAAGUGUGCAGACCAUCCCAUGGGAUGGCCACUCCCUCCUGCCAAGCGACUGGGUUUCUGCGGAGCUUAAAGCCCCACCAGGGUCUCCCGGAACCUCGAUUAUGAAUUUAACGUGUACCACAAACACAAUAUUCAAUAACUCUAAUCCCUUAAGACCCUACCAAGUCUCUCUGCACUGUACCUGGCUGGUUGGCAAGGAUGCCCCGGAGGAUACACAAUAUUUCCUCUACUACAGGUAUGGCUCCAUGACUGAAGAAUGCCAAGAGUACAGGAAAGACACCCUGAAGAGAAAUAUUGCAUGCUGGUUUCCGAGGACUUUUAUCAGUAGCAGAGGGAGUGACUCACUGGCAGUGCAAGUAAAGGGCUCGAGCAAGCAUACUAUAAUCAAGACCUUUGAUCAGCUAUUUGCUCUUCAUGAAAUUGAUCGAAUUAAUCCUCCAGAGAAUGUCACAGCAGUGAUUGAAGGAAGCGGUCUUUCUAUUCAGUGGAAGAAACCUGUUUCUGCCUUUCCAAUUCACUGCUUUGAAUAUGAAGUGAAAAUUUAUAACACAAGGAAAAAUUAUUUCCAGACAGAAAAAAUAACAACGAAUGCAUUCAUCUCGAUAAUUGAUGAUAUUUCUAAGUAUUCCAUUCAAGUGAGGGCAGCAGUGAGCUCUGUGUGCAGACAGAUGGGGUUUUGGAGUGAGUGGAGUCAACCUCUACAAGUGGGAAAUGAUGAUCAGAAGCCCUUCACCGAAUGGUUUCUUAUCGUGCUUAUGGCAACCAUCUGCUUCAUUUUGUUAAUUUUCUCCCUCAUCUGUAAAAUAGGUCACUUAUGGAACAGGUUGUUUCCACCGGUUCCGGCACCAAAAAGCAGUAUUAAAGAUUUCUUUGUAAUCGUCAACUCGGAGAAAACUGUUUCCAGUGAAACAGAAAUUGAAGUCAUAAGUUAUGUGGAAGAGCCUGGAUUUGAGACCCUGGAAGAUUCUGUGUUUUGAUUGGCACUGUAACAUUCUCAAAAAUGAACUCACACUCAC